GCAAACAAUUUUAUUUUCAUUUGAGUUGCAAUAGUAUAAAAACGUUUGCAUUUUCUGAACAAACAACAAAUAACACUUGACGAGCCUUCAAACGUAGACGUGUCUCGUUCUCAAAACGCGUGUGUUCUUUAAAACUUAUUUUUAUAAAUAUUCCAACUAAGGACACCCAACUCCAUACUUAAUUAACGAAAAGUUUACGUGUUUUGUUGAACAAUCCAAAAAAAUAUAUAAAUAAAAUCAUGAAAUCCAUUGUAUUUGCUGUUCUCUGCUGUAUGACUGUUGUUGUGUCGGCUCAACGUGGUAUACCACCACCACGUGGAAAUUCUUUCGACGCCAAUGCUGUGAUACUUAAACAGGAUUUCAAUUUGAAUCCAGAUGGUUCAUACAACUACAAUUAUGAAACUAGCAAUGGUAUACGUGCUGAUGAAGCUGGUUAUCUUAAGAAUGCAGGCAAUCCUCAAUUAGAAGCUCAGGUAAUGCAAGGCUCUUACUCCUACACCGGACCUGAUGGUGUAGUAUAUACCAUCACUUAUAUUGCCGAUGAAAAUGGUUUCCGUGCCGAAGGUGCUCAUAUUCCAACACCACCACCAGUAGCUGCUCCCGGUGGACCCAGAGGUAGAUUCUUCUAAUAAAUACAUUAAAACUUAAUGUAUUUCUAAAACAGCAUUAAAGAAAUAUUAACAAAAGAAACAGUGUACUUCCAAGCUAAACAAGAGAUUAAUUAAUACACAUAUUAAACGGCAAAUAGUUGGCAACUAUUACAAAACAUAAAUCAUGUGGCAACGCUAAUAAUAAAAACAUACUUACA